CUAAAAGUUUGGUGAUGUAUGUUUACCUUCGUUUCAAUUAUUUGGAAUACUAUUUUGAUUAAGGUUGGAUGGACUAGAUGUGUGCACUGGUAGCAAGUAGAUGUUGUGAAAACGUGCUGUGAGGAUGAGCAAGUCAUCCAGUAUGAAGAUUAUAAACUUUUGUUACCAUCUGCUUGUACUACAUUGUUUAUCCUCUGUAGUUCUAUGUAAGCAGACUAACUAUAUAGUAACAACGUUCCCCAACCCUCACCCACAGGAAACCUUUAUCAACAUGGUGCGCGAUGUGGGUAGUGGAAAGCUUUUUGUCGCUGCAGUCAACAAUCUGUACAAGUUUUCAUCUGAUUUGAUACUAGAACAAGAAGCAGUUACCGGCCCAAAAAAGGAUAACCCAGAUUGUCUUCCACCACCACGAGGGACUGCCUAUUGUAGAUAUGAACUCACUUUCAGGGAAAAUUACAACAAAGCAUUAGUGAUCAUGGAUAACUCGAUUGAAUCCGAAAAGAGGCUGAUAUCAUGUUCUACUCUUUUUCAUGGAUACUGUGAAAAACGGUGGCUGUCCAACAUCAGUCGAACGGAUGAAAUAAUGUAUAUACCGGUGGUGGCUAACAACCGUACAGCUACCACAGUCGUAUUCAUUGGACCAGGGCCUACGCAGAAAAACAUCAUGACGAAUGCUUUAUAUGUCGGGGCAUCCUGGACCAACACUGGCCAAAGUGGGGUACGCGACCUGGUCAAGGCAUUCAGCAGUCGACGUCUUGACAAUUUCAAGUUAACCUGGGAUACUUUUCAGGACCAAUCUGGCAAAGCUAUUGAACAGCUACAUCGUCAGUCGUUUCCGAUCUACUAUAUAUAUGGUGUCUCUACAAACCUGUUUAGCUAUAUUGUUACUGUGCAAAAAUCAAGCACUGCAUCAAAGGCACAGUUCAUAUCCAAACUGAUUCGUGUUUGUAACGAGGAUGAAAAAUUCCGCUCCUAUACAGAGGUGGAGUUACAGUGUAACUACGGUGGUGUAACCUACAAUCUUGCUCAAGCCUUGUACCUGGUCAAACCUGGGACAGUCCUGGCGGAGGAACUUGGGGUGAAUCUAACAGAGGAUGUGUUGUUUGGAGUAUUCUCCAGGGGUUCCCCAUACCAGGCCACCACUAAUGCCAGAGAAUCAGCCUUGUGUGUGUUUCCGAUGAAGGAAGUCCGCAAAAUGUUCACAGAAAAUAUUCGAAAGUGUUUCAAUGGUACUGGGGAUACAGGGCCAGAUUACAUUGUUAAGCCAAUCCCGUGCUCAAGUUCGCCUUACCUCAAAGAUAUUGACGAUGGUUACUGUGGAUCUCAAGACUUCAACACACCAAUCAACGGCCAGGAUCCAAUUGUGACAGAUGCUGCUCUCCUCAUCAACAAGGCUAUCACAACUAUCAUUGUGACGACCACCCACAGUUAUACUGUUGGAUUUCUCGGUACACAAGAUGGUCAUAUAAUCAAGGUUUCCAUAUCAGCCCAGAAGUCAGCAGAAGCAUAUGAAGAGGUUGUCAUCCAGGAAGGCAAUGCUAUCAGGAAGAACAUGUACUUCGACAAUGACCAGCGCCACCUAUACGCAUUCACAGAUACAAAGAUCUACAAAAUCGAGGUGAAGGACUGUAGCCAGUAUAAAACAUGUGACACUUGUCUAGGUACCAGGGAUCCAUACUGUGGCUGGUGUUCUCUGGAGGACAAGUGUAGUGUUGUGUCUGAAUGCAAGAACCAUGACCAUGACCUUCACUGGCUUGAGUAUAGCGGUCAGACUUGUCCAAACAUCAGCCAUGUGUUUCCAGACAAGAUACAGAAGGACACAUCCAAGACAACCAGGCUGAAUUUGAACAUUUCCAACCUACCAUUGUUCAAUGGAAACUUUAAGUGUGCCUUCAUCCGAGGGAACACCAGAGUGUUGACUCCUGCCAACCUAACCCACACAACCAACCAGAUCACCUGUAACACUCCACCUUCCUACCAAAUACCGGAAUUUCCACCCGGAGCAGAUCAUGUGGUCAUGCAGUUGUCCGUCCUGAUGAAUAACACGAAGUUUGUAUCGACCAAUUUCACAAUUUUUGACUGUGAAGUGCAUACAAAAGAUGCGUGUUACAAGUGCACUGCCAGUAAUUUCAACUGUACCUGGUGUAUUCAGAACCACAUCUGUACCAACACGCCUCUGGAGGACUGUAGUACCAAUGAUAAAUUCAUCUCUGGCUCUAAGAGUGAAGGACUGAUGCUUCCCAAUGAGCCAGGCCCAAACUACUGUCCAACCUUCAUCUCCAAGAAGGUACCUGUAACUGAAGACAUCCCAAACAUCUUGGUGCCAUCUGGCACUUCCAAAAAAGUCUCCCUCCUGGGAAAGAAUAUCAAGGACUUUCAGCGGCCACUUCACUGUGUGUUUAGCCUUGGGGGAGAGGAACAGCGGGAGUUGGCCACAGUCACGGAAAUAUCAGUCGGGGUCAAGGUUAUUGAAUGUACCAACUUUUAUUUCUAUUAUCCGGACAACAAGAGCUACCUCAAUGUCCCUCUGAAAGUAGAGUGGGGAAUUAGUCACAAGCCCCUGGAUAACCCAAGUCAUCUCCAAAUUAAGAUGUACAAGUGUGAGAAGAUGGCUGGAUCUUGUGGAGAAUGCCUAGUAAUGGACUCCGGCUACAGCUGUGGAUGGUGUGAUAGUGACCAGGCCAGUAAUAAAGUCUGCAGCAUCAAGAAGGAUUGUCCAGUGGUCAACAAUUGGUUAUCUUCCACAGAGACCUGUCCUAAUCCAAAGAUCCUAAAGAUCCGACCCCUAACUGGUCCAAAGGCAGGAGGAACAGAGCUGACCAUUGACGGGCUGGACUUAGGCAAGACUUUUGAUGACAUAGUCAGUAAUGUGGAUGUAUUUGGAAUACAGUGUCUGCCAAUCCGUGACAAGUAUAUCCCAGCUGUACGGAUUGUGUGUCGGACAGAUGUAUUUCACAAUAAAGAUCGAACAACAGGGCCAGUCCGUGUAACAGUCAAUAGCAGGUAUCCUUCUGAGUCUAAGGAACACUUUACUUACGUGGACCCGGUGAUUGAGAGUAUCCAGCCCAGUCACGGUCCUCAGGCAGGUGGUACUCGGGUAACCAUCAACGGCCAAUACAUGAAUGCUGGUACAAACAUCACUGCAUACAUUGGGGGACGUAUCUGUUCGUCUCACAGAGAAAGCAAAUCUACCAACCAGUUUGUAUGUGUUACCCCAAGUUCUUUAGAAGUGACAAGUGCUGCCAAGGUCAAGAUGUGGUUUGACAGACAGCUUGUUACGAGUGAUCAGUUCUUUGAUUAUGAGGAAAAUCCAGUCAUCGAGGAUGUCAACCCAAAGAGGUCAAUCAGGAGUGGUGGUAUCACUAUUACGGUGACUGGUCAAAAUCUCGACUCUGUCAAAAAUCCGAAGAUGGUCAUCCUUACAGAUCAGGCCAUGUUUGAAGGGGACUGUAACCCUGGCAACAGUGAGAUGUUCACCUGCCUGUCACCCAUGAUUGACCCACAGAUAUUUAACAUUCAUAGACGACGUGAUUUAUCCGUACCAUCAGUUCGUACAUUCCACUACGGGCUCCGCAUGGAUAACGUCACAGACUUGCUCAACUUAACAAAAUAUGAUGAAAAACAGUUUAAAACAUUUAGUAUUUAUCCUGAUCCAACCUUUGAACCUUUCCCAGGAAACAAGAUUAAGUCGUUCCAAAAGAAGAACAACGAGUAUUUGACUAUCAGUGGUCAAUAUCUUAGCAGUGGUAUCAGGCAGAGUGACGUGACAGUGAAGAUUGGGCGAGGCUACUGUAAUGUGACUUCAGUAGGAAACCAAUUGACUUGUCAGCCUCCUAAAUCACAGCCUCAGUCAGAUAAGGAAAAUCACUACCCUGAAGUAGAGAUCUACAUUGGCCACAACCUGACCAUCUUCAUUGGCUACCUGAAAUACGAGGAAGCCAAGUUUCCACUACCUUUAGAGUACAUCAUCCUGAUUUCCUCAUGCGGUGGCGUUCUUUUCAUCGCCAUCAUUGUUGUCAUCAUCAUGUACCGCUUCAAGUCCAAGAAGAACGACAGUAUGAUGAAGAAGAUGCAGAUACAAAUGGAUAACUUGGAAGCUAAGGUGGCUAAAGAGUGUAAAGAAGCCUUUGCUGAGCUGCAGACCGACAUGACAGAACUGACAUCUGACUUGUACGGGCAGGUAGCCAUCCCAUUCUGGGAUUACAGAACCUAUUGUAUGAGAGUACUGUUCCCUAAACAGGAUGCACUUGACCAGGACGUCGACCAUCCAGUCAUCAGGGACCUGGAGGUUGACUAUGCUAGAAGGGAGAGUGUAGAGAGAGGACUGAAACAGUUCGCACAGAUGCUCAACAAUAAGACCUUCCUGUUGAUCUUUGUCCGUACUCUGGAGGGACACAAACAUUUCACAAUGCGGGACAGAGUCAAUGUUGCCUCCCUCAUCUCCGUAGCUCUGCAGACCAAAAUGGAGUACGCCACGGAUAUACUGAAGACCCUACUUGCAGAACUGAUAGAAAAAUCUGUUGAAGGCAAAAAUCACCCGAAGUUGUUAUUAAGACGGACUGAAUCAGUAGCUGAGAAGAUGCUGACCAACUGGUUCACUUUCUUACUUUACAAAUUCCUGAGGGAAUGUGCAGGAGAACCGUUGUUUAUGCUGUAUCAGGCCAUGAAGCAACAGGUGUCAAAAGGACCAGUGGACAAUGUCACAAGUGAAGCCAGAUACUCUCUCAGUGAGGACAAGCUCAUCCGACAGCAGAUAGAGUACAAACAAAUGACUGUCUAUGUACAGGACAUGGAACAGUUUGGUCAGCAGCCUCACCCAGUCAAAGUACUGGACUGUGAUACCAUAGCUCAAGUCAAGGAGAAGAUCUUAGAUGCCAUCUACAAAAAUGCUCCAUUUAGUAGUCGACCUAUAAAAGAUGAUGUAGACUUAGUGUUAUUUGAUAAAUCUCCAGAAUGGAACAGCGGGAUUAAGGGGCGUCUAAUUUUACAAGAUGAUGAUGUGUCAACGAAGAUAGAAGGAGAAUAUAAACGCCUCAAUUCGUGUUGUCAUUACAAGGUACCUGAUGGUGCAUUCAUGACAUUGGUGCCAAAACAGCCUCAGUCCUACUAUAACCUCUCCAUGAACUCAAACGAUAAAUCUGGGUCCAAGCUGUACAGUGAUUUCAUUUACUCCAGGAGUCCAUCCCUAAACCGAACUCCACAAGGUUUCCACGCAGACACAGACGGGAGUGGAUACAAGUAUUACCACCUCGUCAAACAACACGAUGCCGAGACCCUAAAAGAGGGAGAUCGCGGCAGUAAGAUGGUGUCUGAAAUCUAUCUCACCAGACUUCUUGCCACCAAGGGUACCCUUCAACAGUUUGUUGACGACUUGUUUGAGAGGAUAUUCAGCACUAACCACAGGUGUACAGCCCUUCCCCUUGCCAUUAAGUACAUGUUUGACUUCCUAGACGACCAAGCCCUACAACAUGGUAUACAGGACAUCGAGGUUGUACACACAUGGAAAUCCAAUAGUCUUCCACUAAGGUUCUGGGUUAAUGUGAUAAAGAACCCCAACUUUGUGUUUGACAUCUACAAGUCACCCAUUGUGGAUUCGUGUCUGUCUGUGGUGGCCCAGACAUUUAUGGAUAGCUGCUCCAUGUCAGAGCACCGUCUGGGUAAGGACUCCCCGUCCAGCAAGCUCCUCUAUGCCAAGGACAUCCCAAAGUAUAAGAAGUGGGUAGAACGAUACUACCAGGACAUCAAGAUGAUGCCCGCCAUCAGUGACCAGGAUAUGACCGCCAUGAUGACCGAUGAAUCCAGGUGUCAUCAGGAUGAGUUUAAUACCAGCGCAGCCCUUCUGGAACUAUAUAAAUAUGUACAGAAAUACAAUGAAGAGUUGUGGCAGGCUCUUGAAGAAGAUGAAUUUGCCAAAAAGAACCGCCUGACUUACAAACUUGAGCAGGUUCGAAUGACAAUGGAGGCAGAAGUUUACUGCUGAUACACAUAUCACACUCACAAAGGAGCUUUAAUUUCAUCAUUUGUUACUAUGCAUACUUGGCUUUAAUGCAAACAUUGGUUGGAUGGAGAUCUGACUCUUGUGUUUCGUUUGUUUUGAAGUGCUUCUACUGCUGAUGGUAUAUACCUCGUCAGGUCAAUUUUUCAAUUUCUUCUGUCAUUGCACGGUAAGUGCUGUGACAUAGUAUAUGUUUUGUACUCCUCAUCAUUACUUGAGUAAAAGUGAGUGCCAUGUAACCAGAAGGCCUGUUCCAAAUGUAAAAGUCAGUGUCAUCUGCCUAGGAAAGAGUGAGGAUCACGCACACACAAUAAAGUUCUCAAUUCACCAUCGUCUGCCACCUGUACUCGACGAAUCUCUGUGCACUGUCCAUAUGUAGGCCUCAGGUGUCUGGCCAGCUGAUUUCCAAUCCACUGUAGAUUAGCCAAUAAAGUGAUGCUGUUGUAAUAUAACUACAUCCUGUAGAUAGGACUUGCAUGCAGAAGGAUAAGCAGUUCAUAAGUGUUUAUAUGCUGAAAAAAUGAGACUUUCCAUCAAACAACAGAGACUGGUUCGUGUUCGACUGGUUCACAUAACAUUUAUAGAACGGACAAGUUCAUAGAUCAGUGUAUCUUGUUCACCUUACUGUGAGACUCCUGAAAAGUGAGUCCAGUUGAUUGAACAGCAAGACUAUUUCAUAGAUCAGCACAUCUUGUUCAACUAAUGGUGAGACUAGUUUGCAGAAGAGUGACUCCAGGUCAAAGACUCAACCCAACAGCACAUCCAUGUGUUCAUUAACAUACCUAUAGCUCUGGUGCAACUGACCAGAACUGUCUUUGUAUGUAAUUUUUUAUGUGUUAAAUGUACAAGCUAUUUUUAAGUAUGAAACUAUUUACUUGUAAUGACAUGAUUCAGCUGAUUUCAUAUUUUCAUAUCGCACUCCGCUGUAGAUUUGGAUUUUAGGUCAUCCUUCAUUCAUGAACAGAAUUUGAUACUCCACAUUGCACAUUUUUUUUUUUUUUUCCAACUAUUUUCGAAAAUGAAAAAAAAAUCCAAAAUUGGUAAUACACACAGUAAUUUACUUGGAUUUUGGACAAAUGAUUUGAUAAUUUUCUGAAAGGGUGAAGACCGUUAUAGAUUUUUUUAUGAAAGGUGAAGAAGAAUGAUCAACAUUUAUUUUAGAAAAUAGAAACCAUUUAGCAUAUUUUUGCCUUCAUCUUUUGUAUCAAUAAAUAGUACACAUGCUCAUGUACAUAACAAUAUUGCAUAUAUUAUUAGGUCUAUAAGCUAAUUCAAUAGAUAUAGUUUUCUUUGUGCCAAAAGAAUCAUUAUUCAUUCAACCGACAGUCAAUACCAUUCACAUACAAAAGUAAUCUGUACUUGCCAUAGAUUAAUUUUCUAUGCAGAUGUAUCAAUCAGCGUUCAUGUUGUCUAUUGGUGGUCUUAGAUAGCUCAGUCUGGCCUAGAUUUUCAAUUACAAGAUUCAUGUAGCCAUGUUAUCAUGUGGCAGUCAAACUGAUGAACCCCAUACAUUACCUCCCAUAAAUAUUGUUUACCAACACACUACAGCUCCUAUAAAUAUUGUUUACCAACACACUACAGCUCCUAUAAAUAUUGUUUACCAACAUACUACAGCUCCUAUAAAUAUUGUUUACCAACACACUACAGCUCCUAUAAAUAUUGUUUAGCAACACACUACAGCUCCUAUAAAUAUUGUUUACCAACACACUACAGCUCCAGUUACCCUGGAUACCACACAGCAGAUAGAGAAUUACUGACAAAUACAUACUCACUGCUCCCUAGAUACCUCAAGAGACAUAAAUAAAAUUGAUAAAUACCCAGUUACAAAACCUUGAUACCCCCUUGACAUAAAAAGGUUGAUAAAUGCCCAGUUAUUGAACCCUUGAUACCCCACCAGACAUAUAAAGGUUGAUAUAUACAUUGUUCAUAGUUAUUGAACCCUAAAGAACCCACCAGACAGAAAAAAGAUUGACCAAAACCCAGCUAUUGCAUCCUAGAUAACCCAUCACACUACAACAGUGAUACCACCCUAGAUAACCCAUCACACUACAACAGUGAUACCAUCCUAGAUAACCCAUCACACUACAACACUGAUACCACCCUAGAUAACCCAUCACACUGCAACAGUGAUACCGCCCUAGAUAACCCAUCACACUACAACAGUGAUACCACCCUAGAUAACCCAUCACAUUACAACAGUGAUACCACCCUAGAUAACCCAUCACACUACACUAGUGAUACCACCCUAGAUAACCCAUUACACUACAACAGUGAUACCACCCUAGAUAACCCAUCACAUUACAACAGUGAUACCACCCUAGAUAACCCAUCACACUACACUAGUGAUACCACCCUAGAUAACCCAUCACACUACAACAGUGAUACCACCCUAGAUAACCCAUCACACUACAACAGUGAUACCACCCUAGAAAACCCAUCACAAUACAACAGUGAUACCACCCUAGAUAACCCAUCACACUGCAACAGUGAUACCAUCCUAGAUAACCUAUCACACUGCAACAAUGAUACCACCCUAGAUAACCCAUCACACUACAACAGUGAUACCACCCUAGAUAACCCAUCACACUACAACAGUGAUACCACCCUAGAUAACCCAUCACGCUACAACAAUGAUACCACCUUAGACAACCGAUACUCUAGAAAACCCACCAGAUUUCAUUGUUGCAAAUGCCCUGUAGCUCUGUCCUAGAUGACCCAACAGACUUUGAAAUGUUACUUAGAAAACCCAUCAGGUUUCAAAAGUGUUGACUCCAGUAAUUAAAGGCCCUUGAUUACCCACCACAUCUUAGAGAUAGUCACCACUUGUUUUAUAUUUCUUUGAGAGUUAAUUUAACUUAAAGUAUGUGAUUCUGACUUGAAAUGAAAUGUUAUUUGUGGUAUUAAUCAUUACAAAAAUCCAACUAACAUAUACAUAUAAUAUAUAUGGUUUUGUUUUUACAACAAAUAUAAUUACGCUCAUAUAUUUACCUUUAAGAUUUUAAAUGUAACAAUGUGCAAGGUUGUGCUAGUCAAGUUUCUCCUAUUUUAUGUAGUUGUAUCAUAUCUUGUAAUUUGUGAUGUUUCCUAGCCCACUUUUAUAUAUGUCACAGUGGAACCUUGUAAGUCUGAAGAUUUUCUGUUUACAAAUCAUCAAUUAGCAGUUGUCAAUAUCUCUUUAAAAAUAAAUCAUAUUAUGAGUUACAAGGUUUUACUUAAUGGUCAUUUGUUAGGUGUAAUCACUGGUGUAAAAUUAGAAACAUUUUGUUUUAUAUGCGAUUUUAAAUUCUUCAGAUAAACUUCCAUGAUAGGGUGAGAGCUUCCAUGUUAUCUCUGUUACUAAUGCUGUGUCACAGUUACCUCCCUUGUGGUUGCUAUGUCACAGUUACCUCCCUUGUGGUUAUUUUGUCACAGUUACCUCCCUUGUGGUUGCUAUGUCACAUUUACCUCCCUUGUGGUUGCUAUGUCAUAGUUACCUUCCAGAAUGUUCCUAUAUGACAGUUUUAAGGAACACACUAUGGCAUGCAGUUGCUUAAGUGGAUAAUUUAGAUCUGUUCGGGAUGGAAACAAAUUUUUGCCAAACAUUUUAACUUUGAAAUAUUCAUGAUGAUGUAAUUGGAAUGAAUAGGAAUUUGUGUUGCCAUUGGUUAUUGUACUUAUAAACUAUCUUAAAAAUUAAAUUAGUUUUCUAUCUAUACCUGUUAAUGUUAAUAUGAUCAGCAAACAUUGAAAUGAUUAAGAUUAUUUUUGUUGUCACUGGGUUCAGAUGUAUACAUAUGAGGAGAUGUAAUCAAUGUAGCUGUCAAUAUUGUUAUAGUAGAACCUUAGUGUUAGUGGCACUCAUCUUUCAUUGUCCUGGGUCAGACAGAAUGAACCUCCUCAAUAGAAAUUUACUCUGAAGCUUUCAUUUAAGUGAUGGAUACAAAACUCAAUUUCUGUAAAUUGAAUUUACUAUAAAUGUAAUUUGAUCUAAAAGUAUUGGACUGGAAAACAAUGUAUAGAAUUGCCCUGAUCAUUUUGCUUACCGAGUGUUGUUUUUGUAUUGACCGAGUAAGUUACAUGUUUCAAAAAGUUCCUGUUUUUAUAUUGUAUUGAUUGUCAUUUUACUAUUUCCUGGUUUAAUUUUUUUUCGUGUCCUGGGUAUUAGACACAGAUAAAAAUCGUGAAAAUUAACAGAUUAAUCCCAUUAUAAUUUGUUGUCUUAUUUGUUUAUUUUGAAAUUAUGUACAUUGUUUAUCAUUAAAAAAAACUGAACAAAAUCCAUUGAUGAAAUUUUUGUGAUAACAAUGUAAAUAUAUUUGUGUUUUAUUUUUGAGUUUCUCUGUGUGACAUUAGCUAUGCAGGAUUGUCUACUAGUCCCCAGGUGUUUUACAUCAGUGUAGUCUGCAGAAAUUCUUACAGUUUAUAAACACAUGAAAUUUAUAGUACCCUAUAGCCAAUGUAAAUUGUGUAAAUAUUAGUGUAAAAACCUAUCAUUGAAUUGUAAAACAAAACCAAAGACGAAUGUAUGAGAUAGAGAUUGUUGUUACUGUUUAGCUGAUGUACAUGUGUAUAACAUAUAGUGGUGUGAAAGUUAUCAUACUUUGGUUACAAUCAAUUUCCUUUCACUGUGAAGCUAAAACUGAUAACACUUAAUAAUAGACAUUAACUGUACCUUGAUUUUAGAUUUAUGUACCCAGCCAUAUUCUCCAUCAUGGUGCUUUUCUUUUGUUUUGUUUUUUAUUUUUGUUCUAGUUUGAUUUGAUUAGAUAGUACAGGAUUGACUCUGUCCAGACUGGUUUUGCCUAGAUUUUAGAACAUAUAAGCGGCUUUAGAUUUCAGAGAGCUUGUAAUUAAUGGUAUGCUAGAUAUGUUGGGUUCAACAGAUUUCUGAAGUCCUUUCUGAAAAUGAUGUGGCGUUUGGUUGGUUUUGUUUUUUUUUCUGUCCUGAUAGAGGUAACUCUCAAGAUUAAAUCAUCUAUGUUGGCUAUGCAACUAUUUCAUUUACAUGCCAUUGAUAUUUAAAUACAAAUUUUUCAUUUGUAUAAAUGUAUUUAUAUAUACAUAUAUCUAUAUAUAUAUAUGUGGAAGUUCAGUCCUAACCUGGACCACUGAGAGAAUAGUGUGAGAGAACGACCACUGUGGUAUCACACGCCAUGUUUAGUAUAAGUGUAAGGGGAGAUAAAUCUUCUAGUGUGGCACACAAUGAACUGAGAGAGUAAGAGAUAUAGAAUGUAAUGGUUAUGUAUGCAUGAGAUUUUAUACAAUUUUUGAUACAGUGAUUUAGAUGUGCAUCUUCUUAAAGCUAAGAAAAAAUAUUUAAAAAAAAUAGAAUAAAACAUUACUGCAAGUGAAA